AUGUGUGAGUGUAAGCAACUGGAUGUUUGGAAAUGCUUAAUGAAAACCAGGAUGUGGUGCAGGAGGCUGGCGUGUCUGUUCAAGGUGCCUUGCCGGCUGAGUGGAAGCACGAGACAUCGCUCGCCAUGGCUGCCCCGUGGCAGAAGGAUCGUCCUCCCUCCUGCAGCUCGCUGGCAUCACACAGCCCCGGAGUCCCUCAAGUGUGCCUGGCAGUUGCAUGGUGAUCAUCUAGAGCUCAGGUAUGCAAACACACUGAUGCGCUUUGAUUUUGUCUGGCUGCGAGACCACUGCCGCUCGGCUUCCUGCUACAACGCCAAGACCAACCAGCGCAGCUUGGACACGGCCAGCGUGGACCUGGGAAUCAAACCCAAGGCUACCACCCUCUUCCUCACGUGGCCGGACGGGCACGUGACGCGGUAUGGGCUGGAGUGGCUGGUGAAGAACAGCUACGAGGGGCAGAAGCAGCAGGUCAUGCACCCGCGGAUUCUCUGGAAUGCAGAAAUUUACCGCCAAGCCCAGGUCCCAUCCGUCGACUGCCGGAGUUUCCUGGAGACGGAUGAGGGCCUGAAGGAGUUCCUGCAAAACUUCUUGUUAUAUGGGAUUGCUUUCGUAGAGAAUGUCACUCCCACCAAAGAGGACACAGAAAUCUUAGCGGAAAGGAUCAGCUUAAUCAGGGAGACCAUUUACGGUAGGAUGUGGUACUUUACCUCCGACUUCUCUCGGGGAGACACUGCCUACACCAAGCUGGCUCUGGAUCGUCACACCGACACGACCUACUUCCAGGAGCCCUGCGGCAUCCAGGUGUUUCAUUGCCUGAAGCACGAGGGCACGGGCGGGCGGACGCUGCUGGUGGAUGGUUUCUACGCGGCAGAGCAGGUUCUCCGGCAAGCCCCCGAUCAAUUCGAGCUGCUCAGCAAGGUGCCGCUGAAGCACGAGUAUGUUGAGAACGUGGGAGACUGUCACAACCACAUGAUUGGAGUUGGGCCGGUUCUCAAUGUCUAUCCCUGGAACAACGAGCUUUAUCUGAUCAGGUACAAUAACUACGAUCGUGCUGUCAUCAACACUGUGCCUUACGAUGUCGUGCAUCGCUGGUACGCUGCUCACCGCACACUCACCACAGAGCUCAGGAGACCGGAAAACGAACUGUGGGUCAAACUGAAGCCGGGCAAGGCACUGUUCAUAGAUAACUGGCGCGUCCUGCACGGACGGGAAGCGUUCACAGGGUACCGCCAGCUCUGUGGCUGCUACCUGACGAGAGAUGAUGUGCUGAACACCGCGCGCUUACUGGGACUCCAAGCGUAGCCCAGACCACCCUCCAUGGAGAG